CUGACAUUAAUAAAACAUGUUGGAAAUUCAGAAGGUUGAAAACAAAACCAAAACUGCCGCACGCAACAAAAAAUGCAGCCACGUGUGCUUGCAGGAGAAGAACCUCCAGAAAAUCCCGAAAUUCGAGCCUUCCAAAGACGUCAUCGUGGUGUAUUUGUACAACAACCAGAUCCGCUCGAUCGAGAACUUAAACGACGGGAUAUUUCCGAAUUUGUGUUCGUUGUACCUCCAAAACAACCGUUUAAAGAAAAUCGAUCAUUUGGAGUUUGAGAAAUUGAGGAAAUUAUACAUCGGCCACAACGAGAUCUCCGUUUUGGAGAACUUGGAGAACCUCUACAAUCUCGAGGAGUUGCACGUGGAGCACCAGAACCUCCCGGACGGUAUGGGCAUUUGCUUCGAUCCCAGGUGCACCAUAAGCCUGUCUAGAACGUUGCGGGUGCUCAAUAUAUCAGACAACAAAAUCCCCUCGUUUUCUUCGUUGUCCUUUCUGGAGGAACUCCAAUCGAUCGACGCCUCCAACUGCGAACUGGAGGAUUUGCAGGAAGUCUGCGAGACCAUCAGCAACUGGAGGUACCUCACAGUGGCCGUGUUCAAAGGCAAUCCCAUUACUAAAAGUCACAGAUACAGAGAGGAUAUAAUCGUCAAUUCCUACUAUCUCGAAACUCUGGAUGGUAAAAGCGUAUCGGACACGUCCAGGGAGUUCCUGAAGCGCCUGGAAGUGCGCAGGAUGGCGAUGAAGGGUCGCGAGAAGCACCCGAUCAAUUUGGCGGACGUGGUGGAGGGUUUACCGAAGAAUUAUCCACCGCCGUUGCAAAAGGCUGUUUCAGCUCAGCUCCUUAAAGGAGAUAGAUUUGAUCCUCUACAGCGCAAGUCAUUGGAAGAGGACGAUGUUCAAAACUACAUCGCUUGGAGGAGUCUGCCUAAAAGGAGACCAUUCGUGAGAAAAUUCCAGUUGAAACCCAACUGUACAAACGACAGCGCGAUAACAAUCAACAAAUGCGCGUAA